AUGACGAUGUGGAAGCUCAUUCCGAUCCCCAUCCUCUGCAGUAAUGUGAUGCCUCUCGGGUUUUUCGUCCAUUUUCGAAAGAUCGACUACGCACACGAGCAUCGAUAUUGUGACGAAGGCCGACAGGCUGGCGGGGGGUAUACUGAACCCCCCGCCGAUGUCGCGCCUGAGGGUGGUACCCUGCUUCACGAACAGGGUACCGAUUUGGGCCACCAUCGUGCUCGGGACGAAAGUCACGAUCAAAACAGGGAUCAUGCGGAGCAUCUGCUUCGUCUCCUCGACUUGAGUGACGGGGCAGAGCGUCCACGGGUCGGUGGGGCCCGUGCGCACGCACGCUUUGUUGAGGAACUUCAGCGUGUUCGUGGAUUCGAUUCGGUAUUUCCCUUUCUGCUCGUAAAACUCGGGAUCGAGCUCGUGGAG